GUGGGUUGCGGAGGCUGCUGUCCCGUGACGCGCCCGGACAUUUUUGUCCCGUGAAGAAUUGGCGCCGGCGCGGGGGUGUCCCCAGCGCGCGGCUCGGGUCGCAUGUGGGCUCCCAGGGGUGUCGAACUGAGGGAAGUGUGGCCCCGUGAGGAGUUAGGAGUUUUUCCUGAGAGACCUAUUAAAGUAAAUGGGUCCAGUAAUUGGAAUGACUCCAGAUAAGACAGCUGAAACCCCAGGAGCUGAAAAGGUUGCGGCACUAAGUCAGAUUUAUAAAAUGGGAAGUUUGCCUGAAGCUGUUGAUGCUGCCAGGCCAAAGGCCACUCUAGUAGGCAGUGAGUCCGCAGAUGAUGAGCUCACAAACUUGAACUGGCUUCACGAAAGUACUAAUCUUCUAACAAACUUCAGCCUCGGAAGUGAGGGUCCUCCAAUGGUUAGUCCAUUGUAUGACAUAGAAGGAGAUGAUGUACCAUCCUUUGGACCAUCUUGCUACCAGAGCCCAGAACAAAAAUCAACAACUUCAAAGCCCCCAUACUCUUUUAGUCUUCUCAUUUAUAUGGCUAUUGAACACUCUCCAAAUAAAUGUUUGCCUGUCAAAGAAAUUUAUAGCUGGAUUCUGGACCAUUUUCCAUAUUUUGCUACUGCACCUACAGGCUGGAAGAAUUCUGUUCGACAUAAUCUGUCCCUAAAUAAGUGUUUUCAGAAAGUGGAAAGAAGCCAUGGCAAGGUUAAUGGCAAAGGUUCCUUAUGGUGUGUUGAUCCAGAAUAUAAACCCAAUCUUAUGCAGGCACUGAAGAAGCAACCUUUUUCCUCAGAGCCUCGUAACUGUCAGUGUGGUUCUUUAUCACCUCACUACCUAAGCUCUGUUUUCAAGCAGAACCAGGUGCGAACCCUCAAAGAAUCUGAUAUUGAUGCUGCCGCUGCAAUGAUGCUUUUAAAUACUUCCAUAGAGCAGGGGAUUUUAGAAUGUGAAAAGCCUCUUCCUCUUAAAACAUCAUUGCAGAAAAAGAGGAAUUAUGGUAAUGCAUUUAAUCAUCCCAGUGCUAUAAGAUUACAAGAGAGUGAUUCUUCCACCACCAGCAUUGAUCCAAAAGAAGAUCAUAAUUACAGUGCAAGUAGCAUGGCAGCACAGCGCUGUGCAUCCAGAUCUAGUGUGUCUUCCUUGUCUUCUGUGGAUGAGGUCUAUGAAUUUAUCCCAAAGAGUAGCCAUGUGGGAAGUGAUGGCAGUGAAGGAUUUCACAGUGAAGAAGACACAGAUGUUGAUUAUGAAGAUGAUCCUCUUGGAGACAGUGGCUACGCAUCACAGGCUUGUGCAGAUACCGCUCAGAAAGGGCAGCCAGGCAAAAAGAUGCGAAAACAGUCAUGUCAAGAAAUUGAUGAGGAGCUCAAAGAGGCAGCUGGAUCUCUGCUCCACCUUGCUGGAAUUCGUACAUGUCUGGGUUCCCUGAUAAGUACUGCAAAGACACAAAGUCAAAAGCAACGGAAAAAAUAGAAAUGCUUUUUGGUGUGAAAUUAUUUUAAAGUGUGGCAAUACUCUUCUACUUAAUUCUUUACAAGGGAUAUCAAAGCCAUAAUCGACUUUAGUUUUAAGGUGAGGAGGGGUGCCAAUUACUUGUUUCUUUCAAAACAUUUUUGAUUUCUGUUUAUUUUUUAAAAUUUAACCAUUGCUGUAAUGAUCAUGCCCAAUCGUAAACAUGUGAUUAAAAAGCCUGAGAGCAUAAUUUUUGUGAUAAGUGUCUCUUAAGAUUUGGAAAUUGUUACAUAUGAAAAUCCAUAGUUACUGAUCCCAUUAAAAUUUUUGCUGAUAUCUUUGUCAUAUACUCCUCCCUGCCACAUGACCUAGUAGGGUAAGAUUUGAAUUAUUUUAAUUGUGUCUUAUUUUUUGUUUUAAAUUAUUUGUUGAACAUGAGCAAAGUCAAAUAUAAAUCAGAAAAGAUCCUAGAUGUCUAGAAAAUUCCUGUCAAUAAUAUAGGUAAAAAAUCCAACAGUGUUGUAAGAUUUAGAAAAGAAAAUUUGGGGAUGUGAUUUCAUCUAAGAAGACUACAGUUCCUAUUACAGUAGUAUCUGAAGUGUUUUUACAUCAUGGAUGACGCAUAGCAUUCAUUGGGGCCUUUUAUUUUUUCCCAAAGUGCUCUGCAACCACUGUUUAAGCCACCAGCUGUCUAUGUGAAGUGGAAAUUGUCCACUCAGAGGAUAUAGCCAUAGAGUGUUAUGGAGUAACGCCAAUUUUGACAUACUUUUGCAAUAAGAAUCUUUCAUUUGCUUUCCUAAAUACACUGCAUUCUAAGAGUCUUAUAACCAGAUGGAGUGGAAUACUUAUUACUUAUGUUAUCAUAAAUGAAAGUAGGUCAUUUAGGAAAAAAAAAAGAACAAAACUUUCCAAGCUUUGUAUGAAUUAAAAUUGAAUGUAUACGAAAUAAAUUUUAAAAGGCUUAACUGUAGAGCUAAAAUACUUUCUCGGAUUUCAACACUCAUAUAAAAUUAGAUCUUACACAAAACUUUUUGAGGAGGCAGUGUAAUACUUAUAUGUGCCAUUAAUCCAUGCUAAAAGGUUUUUAUAUUACUAUUCCAGCAUUGUCUUAAAAUGUUUUAAGUAUUUAAACAAAUCUGCUUAUGAGACAGUUUUUUAUAAUAUCAUUUAUAUAGUUUGACUACAUUAUGGAGAAAGAACAGGGAUACUAAAACUAUAAUUUAUUACAUUGCUUUUUACAAUGGUGGGGACGACUUUGGAAAAGUCAUUCUUAUGAUACAUUCUAUGUCAUAGACAAUGACUUAAUUUUCAUUUUUCCCCAUAAUUUUUAUACGUAGAUACACACACACACAUGCAGAGUCAAACUCAAGAUGUUGAUUUCCUGCUCUCAGCUGUGUUUAUGACUAUAAAACAUUUUCUUGGAUUUUUUUAAAGACAUAAAUGUUUUUAUUUUAGCUUCUAAAUUUUAUUUCGACAAAACUGUCAAAAGAAGAAUAAUAACAAAUGUAUCUUUCAAUUGAUAAGACUUUUAUACAGGGAUAAUAGCAUUAAUGUUUUCUGUCCUGUUUCCCUGUCAGUUGUCAUUGAUUAUAGAUAACUACCUUAAUACAAUUGGUGCUGUUGAAAUACAGUAAUUUUUUCAUUUGUUGAUAAUGUAGGAUGAGUUAUUUGGACUUUUUCCUUCAUAAAUGUCACAUCUCCAGCAAAUAGCUAAGCCAGGUUAGCCUCUUUUACUAUAGACAGUGAAUAAAACACCAAAAACAAACAAAAAAACCCUUUUACCACGGUGUAAAUAGUAAAGAGAUUACAAAAAUGGAUGUAUUCUCAGCUGUAAUAGGGAUCUUCAAAAUGUCUUCAUAUAUGUAACUCCUUAAUUUCUUUGAUUUUUUUUCUCCCUCUGUACUUAUCCAACAAAUUUAAAUGUUUAAGCUACCUUCAUCAUUAGCAAGGACAAUAAACACUGUACUAACAUCUACCAGGGAGAAGUUAGACAUUUUAUUUACACCCAAGUCUUGUAUAAGAUUCGUGUGUCAUAUUCCAUUUGCUAAUACAACACAGCAGUUAUUUUCAAGGGGAGCAGCUUUUUAAUUAUGGUCCCGCUGUUCUCACUCCUGAGGUGUGUGGAGAUAGAAACAUGUCUCAUAGCCAUACAAUUAAGGAAAGUCAUUCCAAGUCCUGUGGACUAGAAAUUGUAUUCCAAAUAAUAAAUUAAUUUUGCUGUAGUAAGAACAAUUUGGAAACCCCAGAGAAGUUACAUGUUUUUCAAUAACUGUGACUUAAAUUAACAUACAAUUUGCCUUACAUCAAAAAAAUAGAAAGUUGGUUGCAACCUAUUCCAGUUUAUACUAGAUCCCUAGUGAGAGUUUUGUCUCAGCACGAUUAAUCUUCAUCUGUGAAGAUGAAGAAUCUGUGUUUCCCGAAUAUGUAUUUUUGACAUUUGUUUGUGCAAUAUAUUACUAAAUUAGUUAAUAUUUUACUUUACAAAUUCAGAAGAAAACAGAUUACCUGCAUUUGUGGAAAAGCUAACUAUUGGUGGAUACCUCCCUUUUUCCACCUUUGAGCUUUUCCUGUCCUCAUAGUCAGCAUGACUUCUCUUAAAUUAGAUUCCUUUGUAUAUUGUAAAGUUUAGUAUAUAUAUAUAUAUAUUUUUUUUUCUUUUGCUACUUUCUGAGGCAUUAUGUAAAGGGUUCAUAUUAGAUGGUCAGUCAAAUAUACGUUAGCAAAAAAUUCAAAGCUAGAGAAAGUGUUAAGGAGGGAAUGUGUGUGUUUUGGUAGGCCAGGAAGCCUUCCCCAGCAAUUUAAGCAACAGAUGUGAAUACUUCACAAAGUGUAAAGACUUUUGUCUUAAAUACUACAGUAAUUUAACACCCUUUUGUGAAGACUCAUUUAAGAGACUUUGAGGCUUUCUGGUUUAUAUAUACUUUAUAGUUUUAUUAGUUUGAAAUGUGUAAGCUUUGAUUUAAACAAAGUUUACUUCAGUAUGUUAUGAUAUAGUCAAAAUAUUUAUUGAAAGGGAAAAUAGAAUAUUUUAAUGUUAUACCUGCCAUUUUUUCUUAAAGUACAUUCUUUGCAUCUAACUGCCAGUGCCAUUGUCAAAACUUGUUUCUAAAAUUGUUGUACAUUUUUUUAUUAAACUAAGUGCUUGAUUUUAAAGUAUUAUGUUGCCAUCAGAUAGUAUAUAAAAAUGUAUAAUUGCCAAUUCAUUGUAACUACUAUUUAUUUUUAAAUGAAAGUAUAAAGAUGCUUUCUGUUUCAAGAAAUUUGUUAUUAAACUGUUUUCUCUUUUUUGAUGUAGCAUAAAAAUUGUCUUCAGUUGGAAUUGUAACUGCCAGUAGAUGACCAGUCACAAGUGAACCACUUCUUAGUUGCCAGUCUUUGCUCAUAUUAAAAACAACUUACAAAUGUUUAGUUUUUGUAUCUAAUCUCUGAUAAUUAAAAUGUUUAUAAAGUUUAUUUUUACCAAAGAGAUACAAUUCAUUAUGAUAAAGUAUUGCAGAGUAAACUUUGUUUUAUAACAUUUUUUGUGCUUUCUCUGUUCUUUGGGGGAUGAGAGGAGGGACAGUGUAGAUGUAAGGUGGCACAUCCUUCUACACACACACUAAGUGCAGUGGUGUUACUUCAAAAAUAUCAAUAAUACCAUCUGUUUGAAAAUUGGGACAUGUAUUAUAAAAUGGAUUAAUUUACAAGCAACGUUUUGAUUUUAAGUUUUCAACCCCCAUUAACUUCUGUACUGAUAAUUUAGUCUUUUACAUGGAAUUAUUUAUAUGAAAUGAGACAACUAUAUUGAUUUUAAACUACUACCACUCUGUGUCCUUUGCCUUUUAAGGCAUCCUCUUGAAAUAGAAAAUGAUUAAAAUAAUAACCAUUCGGGGGUCA